GUUACCGAAAUCACACUAUCCUGAAUCGAGGUCAUAAGACGAUAGGCGGAGCAUACUCUCUGUCGUUUCUUUCGCAACGUGAAAUAUGAAGCUGUAUUUCAUAUCUUUGUUUCUCUGCUGCUUAGGUUCGAUCGAUGUGACCUUGGGUCUAUCAAAGCGUGUGCACCACCAUCCAGGCCACCCAGAUCCACAACAAGCCGGUCAUAUAUUCUGUGUUGACAGAUAUUGCGAUGACCACAAAUCGAGCUGUAUAAUGCAAGUAGAUGGUCCACACAUACAUGGCCAUUGCGCAGAGCCUCCGCAUUGCGACCAUCUACAAACGUGUACUGGAACUAUGCACAACGGAGAGUGUUGCUGCCGAACCCCAGAUUGCGUCACUAAUUACUUGGCUGCAAUACAUACACCACAUCAACCGAAUGUUCUAAACUGUUUCGGAUCUCACUGCAAUAGCGACCACCAGGGUUGCGUCGUCAGUCAUAGACCUGGCGGGUCCAUCAGUGGGUGGUGUGAGGAUCACCACCAUUGCGAUAAUGAAUACUGGGGGUGUAUAGAAGGAAAUGGACAUCUAACACAUCACCACGAAUGUUGCUGUAGAGAUUCACAGUGUAUCGCAACUCUGAACAAUGCUUAUUUCCCGACCAAAGCCCCUAUUACCAAUGCUCCUGUGACACAAGCUCCCGUGACACAAGCUCCUACGACCGCCGCACAUGCAACUGUUCCGGUCACAACAAAAGCACCAACGGUCCAGAUAACAACACCGACACCGCUCUACUGCCCUGUAUGCGCCGAUGAUUUCACUGCAGACUGCCAGAGGAAUGCCAUGUGUAAAGCGAACGAAGGAUGUAUGCUUCAGGUUAUUGCAGGCAAACUUCAGACGGGCUGUGCUGAGAUUAAUGACUGUGAGUACCACGAGAGAGUUGGUGACAGUAUAUGUUGUAAGGACAAGAAUUGCACUGACUACGCCUUCCGGAACAUGCACUCUAUGAGUUACACCUGUCCGACUUGUCAGAACACUCAAAAUCCAAAUUCAUGUUUGGCCCAUCAGGGUAAAUGUUCUUAUCGCAGCAAGGGUUGCAUGAUAACACACAACAACGGAGGAAUUUCAUCUGGCUGUAAUUCACAUCCAACGGCUUGUCAUAUGGCAGAGACGACAAACAGUGUACUGUGCAAUGUUCAUCCCAUUCCCUUCGCUUUUCAACCAGCACUGCAGUGUAGUUUCUGUUGUCACAGAAAUGCAAGUACAUGCAUUUUGGAUGCGCUGGGAGCACAUGAUGUAUCAACCCCUCCGCCGACGUUGGGUCAUACGGCUGGAACCACAGCGGCGUCCUGUUUCGAUAUCGAGGAUGCUACGUUCAACUGUAAGAGUUUCGACGCUACGUACAACCUCUGUGUCCACUCCAGUGGUCUGAUGGCCCAACUAGCUACUACUAAGUGUCGUAAAACGUGCGGUAUAUGUGGAGCAGGAUCAGGUGGAGUUGUUGGUGGUUCGGGAGCUGCUGGUCCUACCGUUGGGGUGACUGUUAGAACAACGACGCCUGGAGCUACAUUUCCAACGACGACCCAAUUUCCCUGCAUCGACCACGACAUCAACAAUAACUGCGCCCUAAUGUCAAGUGUACUCUGCCUAUCACAAAACAACCACGCAAGAAACUAUGCAAUUGCUAACUGUGCCAAGACCUGUAACCUAUGCAAAGAAUAUCACCAACACUUAUCAGGACUUACCGUUCCGGGAAAAAGAUAAAGGAAUGCUUCUUUAUACGUGAUGUAUUUGUAUAAUUUGGAAUUAAAAAAAAGAUGAACACAC